AUGGGCUUGAUGACUCAUUCCUCAACCUUUCUCCUCCCAAAAGCUUCCAUCGUCGGCCACGGCCCCGCUCUAAACUACGCACUUGUCGUGCUUAACCAAAGCCUCCCUCGAUUCACUCCUCUCCUGUGGCGGCACGCACAACUUCGCCUUUGCGCCGACGGUGGAGCGAAUCGUUUGUAUGACGACAUGCCUCAGCUCUUCCGCUACGAUGAUGUCUUCGCUGUUCGAAACAGGUACAAACCUGAUGUAAUAAAAGGUGACAUGGACUCCAUUAGAACUGAAGUGCGGGAUUUUUAUGCAAACCUGGGAACCAGGAUUAUUGACGAAUCUCAUGAUCAGGACACUACAGAUCUACAUAAAUGUAUUGCAUUUAUUCGUGACUUAAUGCCAGACUUGGACAAGUCAAAUCUGUGUGUUCUUGUUGCCGGAGCACUCGGUGGGAGGUUUGACCAUGAGGUUGGAAAUAUAAAUGUUGUAUGCCGUUUCGCAACCAUGCGAAUAAUUCUUUUAUCUGAUGAUAGUCUCAUACACCUUCUUCCAAGUACUUAUCAUCAUGAGAUCCAUGUCCAUUCCUCUGUUGAGGGACCACACUGUGGACUCAUCCCAAUUGGCGUGCCUUCUGAAAGUACCACAACAACUGGGCUCCAGUGGAAUCUGAGUGCUACAAAAAUGAGAUUUGGUGGAUUGGUGAGUACAUCAAAUAUUGUUAAAGAAGGGAUAGUAACUGUGCGAUCUGAUUCUGAUCUUCUUUGGACGAUAUCCAUUAAGAAAGCAUGAAGAAUGUUGCUGGCAUGAUGAGAUGUGUUGGCUGCUAACACAUAUUUAACUAGUCUUUCUUUUAUUCACAUCUAAAAAGAAAAGCACAAAAUGUUAAUUAAAUUGACUUCCAUAAAAAAACAUAUUUGCUGUAAUGCAUAUAUAUUUUGUUGGGUAUGUCACACUGAGAGAGAGAGAGAGAGAAUGUUCAGGAUAUGUUUACGAAUAAGUAAAGGCACUCGGAACCAAAAUGAAUGAAGUUAUGAGCAAACAAAAUUGAAUGUCUGCCAGAAGGGGGUGGUGACAUUGGAAAAAUUAAAAAUGGCGUCGCCCGGGUUUGAACCGGAGACCUUCACUGUGUUAGUUAUCACACGACACGACACGACACCUGAUGGUCUAUAGCUGAUCUGUUUAAAUAAUUGAACUCUUUCUGAAUGAAAGCCAGUUCUGAGCUAAGGAUUAACGACAUGCGCCAUUAGAGCUAAGGCUUCGGUUAUGAUCUUUUUAUUUUUUUAUUACUCAAUUUUAAGUAUUUUAUAUAAAAAUUUCAAAUUCAAUUUUGUUAAAAUACAUCAUAUUUUUAUGUGAUUUGAUAAAAGUUUUAAUACUUUAAAAUGGAAUUAAGAAUUUAAUUAAUCUUUUAAAGUCUCUUAUAAUCCUGUUAAGCUGUCAAAUUAAAUUGAUCGCAUCUAUCUUUCCUAUGGUGUCAAAAAAUUAUUAAUUACUUUUUAUUAUUGUAUAGAAGUUUUUUCCCCUAAGCCUAGGCCUAAACUGAAGCCCAUUGUGUAAAUAAAUAAGAGUAGAGGGGACAGUUGUUAUUUUAUUUCCCAAUAAUUUGGCAACGUGUCUAUAUUCUUACUGUCCAUCUUGUGUGAACCAAGAUUAAAAUUCAAAUAAGUAAAUCUCAUAAAUGUCUGGUGAAUUAAUAUUUUUAUGUUAAAUUGUUUGUUAAAUAUUUAAUUAUAGGAAUUUUUAUCAUGAAGUAUAUAAUAA